AUGACUAUUGGCAUUUUUAUUACUAUAGUAAUUUAUUUUUACUACAUAUCGGAACAAGAUUUUCAUAGUAAGUUAAAAAUGGCAAGAACUUUCUUUACAAAACCGAAAAUGGCAAGAACUUCCUUUACAAAACAAAAACUGGCAAUAACUUUCUUUACAAAACAAACAAUUGCAAGAACUUUCUUUACAAAACCGAAAAUGGCAAGAACUUCCUUUACAAAACAAAAACUGGCAAGAAAUUUCUUUACAAAUCUUAAAAAUCUAUUUUUUAGUAUGUACACCAUCCAAUACAAGCAAAUACAAGUCUUAUGAAAGUUGUGAUUUUAUGCGACCAAAUCCAUUCGAGCCGGCUGUUUUAAAACACGUAAACGAGAGUUAUGUACCUGAAUGCAGUUCAGAAUGGAAAAUAGUCACUGAAUUAAUUGAUGGACAAUUAAUUAUAGAGUCUGAAGUGUUUUUAGCUUAUGGAACUUGGAGUUAUAGGUGAGGUAGUAGGGUAGGGUAGGGUAGGGUAGGGUAGGUUACGGUAGGGUAGGGUAGGGUAGGGUAGGGUAAGGUAGGGUAGGGUAGGGUAGGGUAGGGUAGGGUAGGGUAGGGUAGGGUAGGGUAGGGUAGGGUAGGGUAGGGUAGGGUAGGCUAGGGUAGGGUAGGGUAGGGCACUGUAAACCGGGUAACCAAUAUACGUUCUUUCAGAUGCAUUCUGAACUACAAUGAAACCAACUACAGCACGACGAAGUGGAAAAAGAUUAUUUCUUCUAGUCAUACUAUAAUAAAUUGUGAAGCUGUAGAAGUUAGAGCGAUAAAAAAUUAUCAGCCUACGUAUGGAUACGUUCAUUAUCAAGUAAUUCGAAAGUAAGGGUUAAUUUUAGAAAAAUUGGCAAGAACUUUCUUUACAAACCAAAACGUUGCAAGAACUUUGUUUACAUCACAUAUUAUAGCAAGAACUUUCUUUACAAAACAAAAAAUGGCAAGAACUUUCUAUACAAUAAAUAAAAUGGCAAGAACUUAUUUUAUAAAACAAAAAAUGGCAAGAACUUUCUUUGCAAACCAAUUUUUAAGGACUGAACCACGACUAUUGUCUAUGGAAGCCCCAAGCGUUCACGUUAUUGUAAUUGACUCUGUUUCUCAUCCUAAUUUGGUCCGAUCAUUCAAAAAGACAAACAAUAUAUUGAGGGAUAAGUACAAUGCUGUAUAUUUUCCGUACUUGAACAAGAUUGGUGCUAACAGCAUUCCAAAUUCUUGGCCUAUGUUCUUUGGUAUGUUUCUUUUAGCUUUAUGAGGCUAGCGUAGGAUACUAAGGCUAGGGCUAAAGCUAGAGCUAAGGCUCUCUUGGGCUAGCGCUAGGGCAAGGACUAGGUCUUUAACUAGCGUUUUGGCUAAAGAUUGGGCUUGACCUUAGGCUUAUAUUUACUAAGGCUAAAGAUGUGGGCUAGUGUUCUGGGCUAGAGCUUAGCCUUAGGCUAGGGCUCUGGGCUAGGGCUGAACUUGGGCUGAUAUUUCAAAAUAUCUUUAAAGUUUUUCAAACUUAAGGUCACGAACAUGAACAUCAAGUAGAAACCUUAUGGGGGCCUGCAAGAGCACCAGAAUGGAUGAAUUUCAGCAAGCCGAUGAAUGACUUUUUUAUAAUGAAACAAUUUACUGAAAAAAGUUAUGUGACAAUGCUAAAUGAAGAUCAUGAAAUAUCAAUUACUUGUUAUUUCGGCUGUGUUGGACUAGUCAAUCCAGCCGAUCAUGGGCUAGCGUAAGUUGGAUGGCAAGCAUUUUGAUGCGAAGCGUCUGUCUACUGUCUAUGUUAAAACAUUAUCACAUGUGAUAUAGAUAAAUAAAACUGUAUGUUCAAUAUGGAAGCGCAAGAACUUUCUUUACAAAACAAAAAAUGGCAAGAACUUUCUUUACAAAUCAAAAAAUCGCAAGAACUUUCUUAACAAACCAAAAAAAUGGCAAGAACUUUCUUUACAAAACAAAAAAUGGCAAGAACUUUCUUUACAACUUAACUUUUUUAAAAAUUUUAGUGGCUUCCGCCUUCGCCAACGCGUAUACGAUCAUGACAGUCCAGACUACUACUACAAUAAACAACUUAACAUAACAUAUAUCGAUCAUAUCAAAAAAUGUUGUAGAGAAAGCCACCUACAGCUGCUUGAUCACUUACAACGAUUUAUCGAUGUUUAUCUUGCUGAAGCUCAAUUUUCGAUUACUUGGAUGAGUAAUCUUGUUCAUGAGAAUAUGAAUUCUCUCUUUCAUGCUGAUAACGAUUUUGCUGGGUUUUUUGAUCAAAAUUCGGAAAAGGUACUGUAAUUAUGUACGAAGAGAAAAUGAAGGGAAACUUAAACCGUAGCCUAGGUUUUGGUUUAAUUAGACAUGAUGAACGGGCCGGUCCUGAAAAUCAAAGCUCAACCCGUUUGCACGUAACAGAAUUGGGCUUGGCCGCGCCGGUUCCUCACGUCUUAUCUUGAUUCUUAGCUUAAGCCCUAGUUUAAGUCCUAGCCAAAUACCUAGUUUAAUUUAAGCCCAUAGCCGAAGCCUUAGAUUAAACCUUAUGCUAAGCCUUAGCCUACGCCCUAGCCUAAGCCCUAUCUGAAGCCCUAGCCUAAGCUCUAGCUUAAGCCCUAGCCUAAGUCCAAGCUUAAGCUUUAGUCUAAACCUUAGCCCAAGCCCUAGCCUAAGCCCUAGCCUAAGCCCUAGCCUAAGCCCUAGCCUAAGCCCUAGCCUAAGCCCUAGCCUAAUCCCUCGCUUAAGUCCUAGCCAAAACCCUAGUUUAAUAAGCUCUAGCCUAAGCCCUAGCCUAAGCCUUAGCCUAAGCCCUAGUCUAUGCCCUAGUUUAUGCCCUAGCCUAAGCCCCAGCUCUAGCCUAAACUUUAACCUAAGCCCACUCCUAAAAUUAAAAUGCAUUUUCAGUUAAAAAACUCGUUUGUCAUUCUAAUGGCAGACCAUGGUACUCGUUUUGGUGAAGUUCAAACCGAGCCUAUAGCUCAAUAUGAGGAUUAUAAUCCAGCUUUUGUUAUGAUUGUGCCUGAAACUUACCGACAGAAUAGUGAGUUCAUGAAGGUAUUGAACUCAAAUUCGGAAAAACUGUUCUCUCAUCACGAUGUGUUUGCCACGCUUUAUGAUAUUGUUACGGUAAGCUGUGUGUGUGUGUGUGUGAUUUAAGAUUUAUGUAUCUAGUCUACAAGGCCUAAGCCUGCUAAUAUUAAGGCUAGUAAGCUUGUCUAUUAAAUUUACGUUGACCAAACCUAACCCUACUAAACCUAAGCUUCUAAGCCUUAAGCGCCUAAGCCUGCUAUGCCUAAGACUACUAAGCUUAAGCCUACUAAUCCUAUGCUUAUUAAGCAUUACCCUACAAAACCUAUGCUUCCUAAGCCUACAAGAAAACAAUUUUAAUAGAAAAAGCCACAACAAUAGCGCGGCAUUACCUAAUCUUUUGACAUAACAAGAUAGCUUUAGAGAAAUUGCAAGAAAUGAUAUUACGCAACGUUUUCUUAUGUAAUAUUGUAGUUUUAUAUAAUAUUUGCCUCGAUGUAAAACGACCCAACAAAUGACUGCGAGUGCUGGGAUUUGGCUCUAUUUUUCUUUGAGGGUUGACCUUUUACCGGUCGUAUUUAUGAGUAAAAUGAAAACCUACUAGUUUUAUUAAGCUUAAGCCUAACUCAUGAUUUUGCCUAAAUAAGCCUACGCUUAAUCUCUGUCCUAAAAUACUAAGCUUUCAUUAUAUCAUUAAGAAUAUGGCUACUAAAUCUACUAAGCUUAGGGCUACGCAUACUAAACCUACGUCUACUGAGCCUUAAAACUAAGCAUACUAAUUAUAAGCCUAAACAUUCUAAACUUAAGCGUACUUACCCAAAGUGCUAAAAACUAUGUUUUCUAAUCCUAAGCUUACUAAGCCUAACUCUACUAAGCCUAACCUUACCAAGCGGAAAAAAUAAGCUUACUAAUUUUAAGCCUACUACGCCUACUAAACCUAAAGCGACGAAAACUACGAAGCCAACUAAGCCUAAAACUAAUAAGCCUAUGUCUACUAAAACUAAUUAUUUUCAGAAUCAUAACAAAGUCAAAAAAGAUGUGACAAAACCAAAGCACCUAUUCAGAUCUUCUCUACUCCAACCUCUACUAGAACCACGCAACUGUUUCUCGUUAGGAGUACCGUUAAAGUUUUGUAUGUGUAAGAAAGUCAUCAAAGUGACAGAAAACUCGGAUAUUGCCAUAGACAUUGCUCAUACAGCUGUUGACAGAAUGAAUCAGGCUUUGAAAGAAAAUGGCCACGACAAGAAAUGUUUGAAGUUAAGUUUACAUAAAGAAAGCAAAGUGAAUGUAGCUGAAUAUAACACUAAAUGGUUUGACGGCGAAACAAUGAUAUAUGUCACUUUUCGGACUUGGCCUAACAUGGGGCUGUAUUCGGCGGAAGCUUUGGUAAGUUAUUGUUUUUUUUGAUUGUAGGGCUAGGUACAGGGUUAGAGCUUAGGCUUAGGCAUAAGCUUAGACUUAGGCUUAAGCUCAGGCUUAGGCUUAGAGUUAGGAUUAAGUUUAGGCUUGGGCUUAUGCUUAAACUCAGGCUUAGGCUCAGGCUUAAGCCUUUUAUGGUUAUAUAUUCAAUUCAUCAUUUUUAGGUCUAUCCAAACAGAACAUAUACAAUAACAACGGCCCUUUUCCCUCGAAUAAACUCCUUCUUAUGGCAGACGAGAUGUCUUGACCGAAUCAUGCAUCGAGACUACUGUUACUGCAAACAAGCGGCCGUUGAAGAUGGAUUUCUAAAAUUGAAUGGUGCAACGUUAGAACCGAUUGUAGAUCAUGUUUAA